UUUUUAUUAUUAUUUGGACUAUUUUUUCACCUGUUUAUCCUCCAUUGGAUCGACCAGUUAAAGAGCUCGCUCUCUUGUUUAUUCAGGAGCUCUGCAGCUGAUCACCUUUUCCUAGAUUUUCUCUGAUUGUUUUCUGCGGGUUAAUCUCCGAUUUUCUCUCUUCGACAAGAAUCUCGAGCUCAACAAGCCCAAAAUCAUCGGAAACAGUGGAGUUUGGGUAUACCUUUGAGCGAUUCUCUUGGAAAACCUAAAGCGGUUCUUCAGUACAACGUCGAGCUGAGACGAUUGAGCAUCAAUGAAGGACUUUGGGGGUUUAUGCAGUUUUUAUAGUGUUGAAGCACUUGUGAAAGCAUAGAUGUGUUAAUUGGAGUGAAAAUUGGAUGGAUCAAGAUGGAUGGUUCGAUCAUCAGCGAUAAUUUUGGGUCUAGUUUGGCGAUUUUGGGUUUGUAUGUGAAAUUUGGGUGGAUUCGAGUUCUUGAAUGAACGAAUGUAUGGAAGGAUUUUAUUUUGAGAAUGGAUGACUCAAUGAAGCCUCCAGAGUGUCAGAUUGUGUUUGAAAACUUGUUUCUUGAUGUCUCGAACUGAAAGUAUGGCUACGGAACUUAAUAGGUCGGGCUCUGGGGAAAGAGACGUUGAGCAGGCUAUUACUGCUCUUAAGAAGGGAGCAUACUUGCUCAAGUAUGGACGUAGAGGGAAACCUAAGUUCUGUCCCUUCAGACUGGCAAAUGAUGAAUCUGUUUUAAUUUGGUUCUCUGGGAAAGAGGAGAAGCACCUUAAACUAAGCCACGUGUCCAGAAUUAUACCCGGCCAGCGCACUGCAAUAUUUCAGAGGUAUCCUCGGCCUGAGAAGGAAUACCAGUCAUUUUCUCUUAUAUAUAGUGAUAGGUCGCUGGAUCUGAUUUGCAAAGAUAAAGAUGAAGCUGAGGCCUGGUUUAUUGGUCUAAAAGCAUUAAUUUCACGUAAUCAUCACCGUAAGUGGAGAACAGAAUCCAGAAGUGAUGGAGUUUCAUCUGAAGCAAACAGCCCCCGAACAUACACCCGAAGAAGUUCACCUCUGAGCUCUCCAUUCGGCAGCAGUGAUAGUUUCCAAAAGGAUGGUGGAGAUCAUCUUCGUCUUCAUAGUCCAUAUGAGAGUCCCCCCAAAAAUGGUGUGGAUAAGGCAUUUUCUGAUGUGGUAUUAUAUACUGUGCCUCCUAAGGGUUUCUUCCCCUCAGAUUCAGCUAGUGGUUCUGUGCAUUCUCUGUCAUCAGGAGGCUCAGACAGCAUGAAUGGACACAUGAAAGGGAUGGGAAUGGAUGCCAGGGUAAGUUUAUCAAGUGCAGUUAGCUCGUCAAGUCAAGGUUCUGGUCAUGUUGAUGGGGAGGCUUUAGGGGAUGUUUUUAUUUGGGGGGAAGGCACUGGAGACAGUGUUCUGGGUGGUGGCACUCAUAGAGCAGGUAGUUCUACUGGUCUUAAAAUGGAUUCAUUUGUGCCUAAAGCCUUGGAAUCUGCUGUAGUACUUGAUAUUCAGAACAUAGCCUGUGGUGGGCGGCAUUCUGCUUUAGUAACUAAGCAAGGGGAGAUUUUCUCUUGGGGGGAGGAGUCAGGUGGCAGGCUUGGUCAUGGUGUAGAUUCUGAUGUUUCACACCCCAAGUUAAUUGAUGCUCUUAGCAAUACAAACAUUGAGCUUGUAGCUUGUGGGGAGUACCACACAUGUGCUGUGACACUCUCUGGAGAUCUGUACACAUGGGGUGAUGGUACUCACAACUUUGGGCUCCUUGGACAUGGAAAUGAAGUGAGUCACUGGGUACCAAAAAAGGUCAAUGGGCCUUUGGAGGGUAUACAUGUGUCAUCCAUCUCCUGUGGACCUUGGCAUACAGCUGUUGUAACCUCUUCUGGGCAGUUGUUCACUUACGGUGAUGGAACUUUUGGAGUUCUGGGUCAUGGAGACAAGAAAAGUGUGUUAAUUCCCAGGGAAGUGGAAUCUCUCAAGGGAUUGCGCACUGUGCGAGCAGCUUGUGGUGUUUGGCACACUGCUGCAGUUAUAGAGGUCAUGGUUGGGACUUCAAGUUCCAGCAACUGUUCCUCAGGAAAGCUGUUUACAUGGGGUGAUGGAGAUAAAGGUCGACUUGGGCAUGGUGAUAAGGAAUCAAAACUUGUACCUACAUGUGUUGCAGCUCUGGUUGAACCCAAUUUCUGUCAAGUUGCCUGUGGACACAGCCUGACAGUGGCACUUACAACCUCAGGCCAUGUCUAUACAAUGGGCAGUCCAGUCUAUGGUCAACUAGGAAAUCCUCAAGCUGAUGGGAAACUUCCUACCCAUGUUGAAGGUAAACUUUUGAAGAAUUUUGUGGAGGAAAUUGCUUGUGGUGCUUAUCACGUUGCUGUCUUAACUUCCAGAACUGAAGUUUACACUUGGGGCAAGGGAACAAAUGGUAGACUGGGUCAUGGAGAUACAGAUGAUAAGAAUUCCCCAUCAUUAGUUGAAGCUUUGAAGGACAAACAAGUCAAAAGUAUUGCUUGUGGUACUAAUUUUACUGCAGCUAUCUGUCUUCAUAAAUGGGUAUCUGGUGUUGAUCAAUCAAUGUGUUCUGGUUGCCGCGUGCCAUUUAAUUUCAAAAGAAAGCGUCAUAAUUGCUAUAAUUGUGGGCUUGUUUUCUGUCACUCGUGUAGCAGUAAAAAGUCUUUUAAAGCUUCUAUGGCACCAAAUCCAAACAAACCUUAUCGUGUCUGUGAUAACUGCUUUAGUAAGCUGAGAAAAGCCCUUGAGACUGACACUUCAUCUCACCACUCUAUCAAUAGAAGAGGAAGCAUGAACCAGGAGCUUAAUGAGUUGGUUGAAAAAGAUGAAAAGUUGGAUUCAAGAUCUCAUGCACAGCUGGCAAGAUUUUCUUCAAUGGAAUCCUUCAAGCAAGUAGAUAAGUUUUCCAAGAGAAAUAAGAAACUAGAAUUUAAUAGCAGUCGUGUUUCACCUAUUCCAAAUGGAGGAUCUCAAUGGGGAGCACUUAAUAUUUCUAAAUCUUUCAAUCCAGUCUUUGGAUCAUCGAAAAAGUUCUUCUCAGCUUCUGUUCCUGGAUCAAGAAUUGUUUCCCGAGCAACAUCUCCGAUAUCAAGACGGCCAAGCCCGCCUCGUUCUACAACACCAACCCCAACACUGGCUGGACUCGCAUCGCCAAAAGUUGUGGUCGAUGAUUCUAAAAGGACAAAUGAUAGCCUGAGCCAAGAAGUUCUUCAACUAAGAGCACAGGUGGAAAGUCUCACUCGUAAAGCCCAACUUCAGGAUGUUGAGCUGGAAAGAACAGCAAAGCAGCUGAAAGAAGCCAUUGCAAUUGCAGGGGAAGAGACUGCAAAAUGCAAAGCAGCUAAGGAAGUGAUUAAAUCACUGACUGCCCAAUUGAAGGAUAUGGCUGAAAGGUUACCUUUAGGAGCAGUGCGCAACAGCAAACCACCUUCCUUUUGUUCCAGUCCUGCUUCAGUCGAUGUUUCUGCCGCAUCAAUGGACCGAAUGGGCAGUCCAUCAACUUUCCAUGAGCCGGAUACUAAUGGAGCAAACAACAUGGUGCUUUCCAAUGGAUCAGGCACCACCAAUAACCGUAAUUCCAGUCACAGCAGACUGGUCCAUUCUGAAGCAAUAUCCAGGAAUGGGAACAGAACAGAAGGUGAACCUAAUCAUGAGGCUGAAUGGGUUGAGCAAGAUGAGCCUGGUGUAUAUAUUACACUUACAUCCUUACCUGGUGGUGUCAAAGAUUUAAAGAGAGUCCGCUUCAGUCGGAAGCGGUUUAGUGAGAAACAAGCAGAACAAUGGUGGGCAGAGAACCGGGCAAGGGUGUACGAGCGGUACAAUGUGCGGAUGGUGGACAAGUCCAGUGUCAGUGUUGGGAGUGAGGACUUAGCUCAUUGACACAAACAAUCUAUCAAUCAAAUGGGUUUUUGGAGUUGGGCUUCAAUCAUCUGCAAGCUCACAUUGAUCGAUUAGAUGUUCAUUUCAUCUUAUUAAUGGUUUAAAGAAGUAAUGAUGACAUAACAAAUGGGUAGAAGAUUAGAGGUUGUUUGUGUUUUUUUUUUUUUUUUGGAAAUUUUUUCUUCUUAUCUUUUUUUUUUUUUGGUGGGCCAAAAUGUGCCUGUGUGUGGAUAGUGGAGUGGGUUGAGGUUGACAAAUGUAAAUUCUUAGUAGGUUGCGGGCUUUUAUUCUAAGCAGCCACCUUGUAAAUUCAUAAGCAAAUGCAUCUUCACAGUUUCUUGGUCAUUAGCAA